GAGAGCAUGACCCUUUUUCAUAAAUGCUGAAUUUUAGUCAUAUUCAAUUUGCCCAAUUUAAGCUAUUUCUAUCUCACAAGUAACAAGAAGGUUAAAUUGAAGAACUAAGCAAUAACAUAGUGGAGUUAUUAUAAGUAUAAUUGUUGGCUUCAAAUUCAAGUACUGAGGUUUAUUUGCUUUUUUGGUUACUUCCGAGUUGUGGGUUUGUUUUGUCACCGCAAAAUGAGUGCUGAGGAAAAACAUGAUGCAGCUUCGUGCAAACGAACCGUUUCUCUUCCAGUUCACAUGGUUGAUGAUCCAAUGGGGGUAAGUGGCGAAACCUCACAAGUUCAUCAUUGUAAGCGACAGAAUCUUCUACUGGAAAUACCCUCCAGAACAUCACAAGAGUCUUCUCAGGAUUUUGUUGGAAUAAGGAUGCCACUGACACCAAGUCCAACCCCAACACAUAAGAGAGUGAAUUUUCUUGUGACUUCUCGCUCUGUUGAUGCUCCAAUUAACAAUAUUCCAGGCCCUUCAGCAUCAAGAGGCAAAUCAUCUAUAAGAAAUAUCUUACCAAAAUUGAGCCUCAUUGGAGCUCUAGAAGGUUCCUCUUCAGGCCCUCAAGAAAAGUCUUCAAUCCCCAGAUCAGUGUCCCUGACUAAGAUAUUUACAAAUAAGAUUAAGAGAACAUCAUCAUUACCAGUAGAAGAAAUUGGGAUUGCAAACACAGAAUCUGCUCUGGGUGGAAGUGUUGGUGGUUCUCCAUAUAGAGGAGAGACACAGGCGAUGAUAGCUCGCACUCGUUCAGAGCCUGUCGAUAACAAAGAAAAGAGCAUAAGAAGGACAGAUUUGUUUUACCGCGUUAUUCCUUCCACCCCUCGAGUAAAGGAAGUGAAUGAAUGCGUGACCACGUCCACAACAAUAGAUACUGCCUUUCUUGGUUCAGAAAAUGAUUGUGAUGGUGAAGAUAUAGCUGAAGAGGAAGCUGUGUGUAGAAUUUGCAUGGUUGAUCUAUGUGAAGGAGGUGAGACAUUGAAGAUGGAAUGCAGCUGCAAAGGUGAACUUGCUCUGGCUCACCAAGAAUGUGCUGUAAAAUGGUUUAGUAUCAAGGGUAACAAGACAUGUGAUGUGUGCAAGAAGGAGGUUCGGAACCUGCCUGUCACUCUCUUACGGAUCCAAAAUGUUCAAGCUCAGAAUACUGGAGCAAGGUCUCAGCAGGAAGAUGAAUAUGAAUACAGGGUUUGGCAGGAACUGCCAGUACUUGUCAUUGUCAACAUGCUUGCCUAUUUCUGUUUCCUUGAGCAGCUAUUGGUUGGAAAAAUGGGAACCAAAGCAAUUUUCAUAUCUCUUCCAUUUUCCUGUGUACUGGGGCUAUUCUCCUCCAUGACAUCAUCAACCAUGGUGAGGAGCAGGUUCAUCUGGAUUUUUGCGUCUGUCCAAUUUGCUUUGGUGGUUCUCUUCGCACAUAUAUUUUACUCCUUGGUUCAUAAGCAAGCAGUUCUGUCAAUCCUUCUAGCUGCAUUUGCUGGGUUUGGUGUAGUGCUGAGUGGAAGUUCAGUUCUUGUGGAGCUUUUUAGAUGGAGAAGAAGAUGGCAGGCUUUAUCAGAACAGCAGCAUGGUUCUCAGCUGAUAACACAAGAAGGACAAUACCCUCAAACUGUAAUACCGCACGUUUAGGCCUUCCCAACCGCACUCAAAACUUGGGUGCAAAAUCAACACAACACACAAAUCAGAGCUGAAUUGAUGUGUCUGUAUGGCUUCUUUCAUAUUGUUACCAAAUACCAAUCUAAAGGGAUAUGGGGUUGUCAUUGUAUAGCCAAUUAAGGCUCUGGCAGAAUUUUACUACUGUAAAUUCACACCAGACUUAAUUGUACAGCUUAUGUUUCUUUGUACUACUAAGCAUUUCAGCACAUCAAAAGGAGAAGGCUUAUAGUUUUCUUUUUUUGUAAUUUUUGGUGAGAGAAUAUGAUUCAGGAAAUCUAUUUGCAAAUAAAACAAUAAUGUGUUAACGCGCCAAUGCCGAUUGUAAUGAAUAAUG